GCCGGCGAGGCCCGCCGCGGAGUACGGUGGCCCGGAGGGCGCAGCUGUGGACGCGACUGGAGGGGUGAUGGCGGCGCGGCCCGGCCGGCUGGCGGCCAGAGCCCAGCACUGGUGAGUCAGCGAGGGGAUUCCAGGAUGACUGGUGUGGACACAAGGAGCAAAUGAUGGUGCCUGCAAAGCAGCAAAUCCCAGCUCUACACUCAUGAUUAGGCAACACCUUGGGAGCCAAGGGCAGCAGCCUCCAUGCGAGACCUUUCUGUGCCCUGCUCUGUGCAGUGUCCUCCUUCAGCUACGCAGUCCACGUGCUACUGUGUCCACCUUUAUCUAAUUUGUUCCUCUAGUUUCUGCAGAUUCCAAGACAGGACCCGAGAACUGAAUCCUUGCUUGCCAGUAGCACCUGUAGCAAAUGCCUGUGAUUCUUCGAACGCGUUCUGUCCGCCCGUCCAUCAGAUGCUUGGAUCCUUGGUCCAGAGUUCACAUAGGUUUAGGAGGUGUAGCCCUGUUGAAGGAAGUCUGUCACUGGGAGCAAGCGCUGAGAGCGUAAAGACUUGCACCAUUUUGAGUGUGCUCUCCGCUUCCUGCUUGGGGUUCAGCAUGUGAGCCCUCAGCUUCCGCUCCAGCUGUCGUUUCUGCAGCCUGCUGCCAAGCUUUCUUGCCGUGAAGGGCUGUUAACCCUCUGGAACUGUAAACACUUUCUUCUCUCCCCCAUACAGAGGAGUCUGGCUCCACUUUCAACAGUACCAAGUCUGAGGAAACAGGCAGCUACCUAGAACUGUUAGAAGAAAGCUGGUGUUUUUCAGCUAGGCCUGGUGAUGCCAGCCCAUGAUCCCAGAGACUUGCUUGUCUGAGGCAGGAGGAUCACAAGUUCAAGGUCUCCCUGAGCUACAGAGUGAGAUCAAGAUACAUUUUGGAAUCAAAAUGGAAAGUGUCCAAGAUAUUUUGGACCAUUUAUACAAGAAAGUACUUCUUGGAGCCACCCUUGAAGAUGAUGUCCAUGGUUACAUCUGUUAUCUCAACCCAGACCUCUCAGAACAAGCUGGGUAUACAACUCCCUCUUUAGCUCCAUCUAAUGUCAAUGGUACACUUGAUGGUGUGCCAGGCCAGCAUGGGCCAUCCUCCAGUGAGCCCACCACCCUUCCUGAAGCACGGGAGUGUGCAAAGAGACACUUGGAGAUGAGCGCAGCCUGGGAGGUGAAGCUCCUUCAGUUAACAGUGAUCGACGUGAUACUGAGCCGAGUGCUGUCUGCUGAAACUGAGACCCACGCAAAGGAGGGGUACAGAGAGCUGAUUAAAGUCCUUUUGCAGUCAGCUGAAGUCGAUUCAAAAUUGGUCUGGAUGCUCCAGAAUUCUGGCAAGUUGUUAUCUCACAUGGCUGCUAAGUGCCUCUCAUCGCUCCUCUACUUCCAACUGAGAGAGAAGAUGACAUUAAGUAAUCCCUGGAUCACUUUUUGCCAAAAGCAUCUCUCUGAAUCCUCUGGGAGCAGUGAAGCAGUACAUUGCCUCUGGAUUCUUACAGCUGUCAUAAAAGAAAUCUUUAGAGAUACACAUUCAAGACAAGCAGAAAUUCUAAAGCAACUCUUGACGCCUUUUGACAUUACUUUUGAAGUGUUCUACAGUUCCAUAUUCUCUCAGCAUUUUGUAAACUUCCAGAAUCCCUCUAACAUAGUCAAUAGUCUGAUGUGCUUCCUAGAGCUGCUUGAACUUCUCAUAGCCUCCAGAAUCCACCUGAAAGUGCACUUUCGGAGCCAGAGGAUGCUGUUUUUGAAACCCCAUGCUCUAGAUAGUCUUGCCUGGCCUGUUCCAGCUUUUGUUAAAAGGAAAUUGGUCAUAGUCAUCAAAAAGUGCCUUCUUGGUAAAAUGGGGGAAGACCUCUGCCGUGGUUCAGUGCCUGCCCUGAUGUCACCAGACCAUCUUCUGGACAGUGACACGUUGGCCUUAGCCGAUGCACUUCUGCAUGCUGUGCAUCUGGGGUUGUGGAAGGAAUUGUCUGUGCCUGGAAAGCCGUCCUGCUUUGGAGGGGAUGAAGUUCAACCUGGAUGCCAACCCAGGUCAGGGCCUGAUCACGUGACCCUGAGAGCAGCAAGCUUAAUUACAGUGAAAUCCUUAGAAAUCAAGUUCCAGAAUUGUUCCUCAGCAACCGAAAUGAAAGUUGACUUGCAGAAGUUCAUGGCAGAGUUACUGACCUUCUUAAAGCCUCACCUUCAGCCUUCUCUACAAUUACACAACCCAUGUGAAUGGCUGUCCAGGGUCUUUAUAGAGCAGGACGAUGAUAUGCUGGAGGCCGCCAAAGCAUCCCUGAGCAUCUACCUGCAGUUGACAAGAGGAGGGGACGAUGCUUCUGGAAGCCUGACCCAAGAAAAUGAAGCAUGGAUCCACUACACACAUAGAAAUGGCUGUAAUCCUCACUGUAUUUUCUUGUUCUUAUUAAAGAACAUAGUGUUCGAUUCUACAGUUCUUCUUGACUUCUUGAUUUCCUCCGAAACCUGUUUCCUUGAAUAUUUUGUUAAAUAUUUAAAAUUACUGCAGAAAGACUGGGGUCAUUUCCUGUACAUCUGCAAGUUUUUUGAUGCAGCUGAAUCACAACGUGGAGUAAAUACUCAAGGUCCUGUCUCCUCUCUUGUCCAGGACAGGAGCAGUAGCCACACAGUACCUCAUGCUCUGGCUUCUCCUGUUGGCCUCAGAAAUGCUUGCCCACGGGUCCCCUGGGCUUCUGGUGCCUCCUCUGAACCCCACAGCCGGCUUGUGAUGCCCAGGGAAACUCACAGAGUGCCAGCUCAUGGCCCACCUUCCCAGACACCACUGAGUCUGGUAGAUUAUGGCAGCUCAGAAGAUUCUGAUGAAGAAGCCACAAAUCAGCAUUUAGCAAGCAGCAAACAGGCACCUUUAUGUCAAGAAAUGAGCAGGGAAAUCCAAGGCUUGCCUAGGACCCGUAAGAAUCAAAACAAACUUAGCCGCCGGGAGCCUCACCUGAGGCUUCCCCAAGAGUCUGGCCCUCCCUUCGUUGCUGCAGGGGAUGUUGCUCCCAGUGGGGCUGUCUGGGAAGUGGGAGUGUUGUUUAGAACAGCGAAAUGCCUUAAGGAGCUCCAGGGUGCUAUCCACCGUUUGCAGGAGAAAAGCCUUUUCCCCUAUAACCCAGCAGCUCUUCUGAAGUUGUUGAAAGGGGUGGAGGUGAAGUGUGAUAAAGUGUGAGCAUGGGGUGACUCCCAGCAUUUGUCCUCAGGGUUUGUUUUUGUUGAUAUAAAUUGCAUGUCUGAGAUAAAUAA